UUUCUUGCUGAAGAAGAGGAAGAGUUGAGGCGUGGAGAAGUAUCUGAAUCAAACGAAGAAAGUGAGUCUGAAAGCAAUGAUGAAGACUAUGAAGAGGAAUGGGAGGAAGAGGCUGAGAAGGAUAAUGAAUUUGAUACUGAAGCUUUAGAGUAUGAGAUAUGGAAAAAAGAGAUCGCGUCAGAAUAUCACCAAAAACGAAUUAAUCUUAUUGCACAACAAGGAGGUCUUUCAACAAAUGAAAGUCCAUUACCGCAACCAACUGAGAGAUCUAAGAAGGUCUCAAAAUUUAAGGCUGCUAGAUUGCAGGGGAAGUUUAAUGAUACUUAA